UGAUGUGCUCUAAUAGGCCCUGGACACCACACAUUAGUAUGACAUAGACCUGCUAAUAGUUGAGGUUAAGGCCAGGACUAGUUUUGGGCUUAAACUGUACUUUUUUGCAUGGGAUUUUGGAUUUUUUUGUUGCCAUUGAGUUAAAACCAGGGAAACGUUCCUCAGUUAAUCAGGAUCUCCUGUCUUUUUCGAAUCUGGAUAUUCUUUUAUUUUUGGAUCUUUCCUGCCUAGUGCUAGAAUGAACGGGUCCAUGGGCGAGGGCGUGAAGUCCCUUAAGAAGAGAGUGAAGAAGAAAUAUGAAUUAAACGGGAAAACGGAACUGCAUUUGAUAUACUCAGUCGACGCGGAAGGACAAAAACUUGGAGCACCUCGCGUCGAGUUCCACCAGCGUGAACCCUUGGUUGAAAUGCCCAGUAUGAACGGAGACAUAAAUGGAGAGAUGGAGAUUACGGGCAUCCCUCCCCCACGAUCGCCGUCACCAAGGCCCCAGUCGCCUUCUCGACCGAUGUCUCCUCCCAAGUCUCCUCUGAGGCCGAAGUCCCCUCAGAGGCCCAUGUCCCCAAUGAGAGCAUCAGCUCCCUUCGGGAUGAGGUAUGGCCAGGCUCCUGGUGGUCGAAGGGCUGCCUCAGCCAUAUUGACAGGUGCUGUUUCACCUCCCCUCGGAGAUUUUGAAGACGUACGAUAUAUUCCAUUACAGGGUGUAAAAGCUACUGACAUGGAUUACGAGCAUAUGCCAUUACCAGCCAUCCGGCCGAUGGACGGUGCGCCCAUCCAGAGCUACAAUGAGCCGUCAUAUUCAACGCAUAUGAUGCCUAGGAUGGAACAGGCUCCACCGCAGCAGGACUAUUAUCAAAGUUGGGUGCAUAACGCUCGGCCACCAUCAACGGACAGGAGAGUAAAUAUGUCAUACCCUGUCUCCGCUCCAAGAUUCCAUCACGGCCGCCUCGGCAGCACGUGGCGACAUGUCAGACAAUGUACCGGCAAUGCUGGAAAUCAUAUUGUUUUUAUUGAUGGAACCGUGAAAUCAGAAGAUGUCCAGCGAUUUCCACCAUGGGGCUACAGGGCCGAGAAUCAAACCAUAUACAACCAGCCAACAUAUUACAGCACCAUGACUGGCUUACCAAAGAAACUGGCCUUCCCCGGGGCCUAUGAGAACCAGUACCAUGAACGGGCUAAGAACGGCCAUAAAUAUUGGCAAGAACAGAAGAGAGUACAUUCACCGAAGACUAGACCACUUGGGAGCAUACUCAAAAAUCCCAAAGAAACAAAAGGGCCGAGAUCUGUGGCCAGCAUGGAUAUACGUUCACUUUCACGUGCUUCGUCCGUUAAGAAUAAUUAAGAUCAUGAAGUUUGCCUAGGGCCAAGAUGACGAUACAGGGUCGCGCGAUGAAGUAUGGUAUCGGGAUGUAGUGGCAUGGCCAACCGCAAUGGACUCUCAAUUUCGAGGAUAUGAAUAAAAUUUAACAAAAUGAAUGGAGAUAUAAUCAGACUCACUUCACUGUUAUAAUUCAGUAAAAUGUGCAGAGUUCCUAGGGGAGUAUUGUGUUAAUUCCGUCCAAAAGAAUAUCAUUCUACUUUUAACUUCAACCUUGUUAGAAAGUUAGUAAGGCAUUGUUGAUAAGUUGUGCACAGCGAUUGUACUUGUUAUAGAUCAAUGCAGUUCUUAGUAAUCAUUGCUUUUUCUCCUACAAAAUCAAAUUUUAAGAAUCUCUUUUCUCUUAGCAUGUUGUAUAUAACUUUUGUGUGCGGUAUUGUUCCUUUCAUGUGUUUUCCUAGAGGAACUGCUACCAUCACAGAUCAGUCUGGUUGCUUUAAAGUAGAUAGAGAGAAAAUUAGACUCCAAGGAAAUGGUUCCUGACCGAAUUCGCAGUAUGACACUACAACCCGCACCACAUCCUUGGGCAAACCAUCCAAGGACAUCCAAGGUACAUUUGGGGAAUUGUUGCCAUAAUGUUGACGAACAGUGUCUCCCGAGUUCCAGUUUUGUAGAAAGUUUGAUCAGUAGCAUAAUGUAUAAAAUAACAAAUAUUUAAAAAUGAAAAUUGUGUAAAGCCUCUUUGGUAAAAUUUUAUCGUAAGGCCUUGGGCCUGAUCGAAGAGAUUGUAUCAGUAAAGUAGAAUUUUAAAAACUUGUGAUAAACCAUUGUUAUAUGACAUUAAAUGGCUUCUUAGCAUUUAUUUGAGAUUGAAAAGAGAAUGGCUAUGAUGCUGACAGGGGACAGUUGCAGAAACUGGAGAAGAUUACUGUAAAAUCUAUCAGGAGGUGUCUCAACUUUCAGAAAAAAAUGAUAGUUAUUUCAAGUCGCACUGAUACCUGGUGGCGAUUGUAUAAACUAAGGAGACUUGACCCUUCUUGUCCUUAAGACUGAAAUUAAUCAUUCCAUUCCCUUUUCACGAUCAACUAUGUUCCGUCCAGUUGCACUGUUAAUGAAGAUGAUGCUGUAGUGUCCAGUAAGAGCUGUCAUUUCAUAAUGUCUCGUUACACUCUAGUUUGACUAAAUGCUGAAUUGUCCAUAGGAUGUUCAGGGGUAUAUUCCAUAGAAAUCGAAGACCAAAUAGUGUUUUGCAUUAUGCCAUCCAUGGUUGCAUGUCCAUUCAUUCGAGAACGAUGUUUCACUCUGUCAGGACAGCUGUUACAGACGACACAGUAUGUGUAAAUAACCUGUGAUAUAUCUUAUUUUAAGUUAUUCUUUUCCAUUGUAUAUGCAAUUUAGCAACCUGACAUAUCAUUUCUGUAUUACUUACUAGUAGAUUGUGACACUUCUUGUGUUCAAUUCCCCAAUGUGACUAGUUGUCUUUAUACAGUCAAAGUGUUGUUUCUACUGUAUAUUGGAACUGAUUAAUUCCUCUUCUGUGAUAUUAUGAAUAAACUAUAAAUUUCCGUCUUUGAAA